AAUACCUGUUGUGUUGUGUUGGUCUCGUGCUUAUUACCAGUCACGAUAUUUCCAAGAUGUCGUUUUUCGGUUCCAGUCCGUUCGUAACGCCCGUCGGGCAAAGGAUAGAGAGGGCCACCUCGGAGGGAUUAGCCUCCGAGGAUUGGGGCCUGAACAUGGAGAUCUGUGACAUUGUCAAUGAAACAGAGGACGGGCCCAAAGAUUCUGUCAAAGCCAUCAAGAAGAGGCUGAUGGGGAAUAAGAAUUGGAAAGAAGUCAUGUUUGCGCUCACAGUCUUGGAGACAUGCGUCAAGAACUGCGGCCACCGUUUCCAUGUCUUGGUCUGCAAGCAAGAAUUCGUCAAGGAGCUCGUCAAGAUCAUCCAGCCCAACAUGAACCCGCCCACAGUGGUCCAGGAGAAGAUCCUCAGCAUCAUCCAGUCCUGGGCCGACGCCUUCCGGGCCAAGCCCGACCUGCAGGGCGUGGUCAAGGUCUACGAGGAGCUCAAGCAGAAGGGCAUCGAGUUCCCCGCCACCAACCUGGACGAGCUGUCGCCGAUUGUAACUCCUCAGAGAGCAACACCAGAAGUGGACCCAGCCAGCAGGCGCCCGGCUCCGACCAGACAGAAUUCACAACCCCAGACGCAACCCCAGAUGCAACCCCAGAUGCAACCCCAGAUGACCCCCUACCCUCCCCAGCAGAGCCCCUACCCUCCCCAGCAGAGCCCCUACCCUCCGCAGCAGACCCCUUACCCUACGCAGCAGACCCCUUACCCUCCGCAGCAGACUGCCUAUCCCCAGUCCCCCCCUCUGAACACCGGACCGGUGGCCGUGGCUGCGCAGUCCCCUCCCCAGCCCGGCAUGGCCCCUCCGCAGCCCAGCGUGGCCCCUCCCGCGGCCGGCUUGGCUCCAGAGCAGCUUGCCAAGAUGAGGCGUGACCUGGAGGUCGUGUUGGGCAACGUCAGGGUCAUGUCGGAGAUGCUGACCGAGAUGGUGCCCGGCCAGGAGGAUCCAAACGACCUGCAGCUUCUACUGGAUCUGAACAAAACCUGCCGUGCAAUGCAGCAGCGUGUCGUGGAGCUGAUAAGCUCCGUCAACAAUGAGGAAGUUACAGGAGAACUACUGAGGGUGAACGAUGACCUGAAUAACGUAUUCGUCCGCUAUGAUCGCUUUGAGCGCUACAGACAGAGCCAGACCUCCCAGCAGCCGGCACCACAGAUGGGCAUCACGUCAAUGCCCCAGGCACCUCCACCGGCACAGACUAAUGAAAUGAACAGCGCUCCUCCGCCCUACCCUGCAUCCUCUUCCCCCGCCGCCCCACCGCCAGCCGCCGCCAACACGGCCACCCUGAUCGACUUUGGGGCGGAAGAUCCCGCCUCCGCCCCUAACACCUUUGCUUCGCCCGCCCCCGUCGCUGGCUCAGGGGACAUGAGCCAACAGAUGGCUGGUCUUGACAUAUCGGGAGGGACAAAUGCUGCCCCCGCUGCGCCCACAGACGAGUUUGACAUGUUUGCACAGAGUAGGCAGACCAGCUACACAGACAGUAGGAAAAGUGGCAGCACGUACCAAGACAUCCUGAAUUUGGACCAAUCGGGCGUGACGAUGGGUAACCUUGUCAAUGCCAGAGCCAACCCGUUCUCGGCUGCGCCAGUGGCUGAACCCGCACAGGACAUAGAACCUGAGCUAACGGAGGAGGGCCUCCCACCCAAUGUCGAUGUCGAUGAAAUGGAACAGUGGCUACAUGCCACAGAUCUGGAGAAGGAAAAUGAUGGACUCGCAGCUCAGAACACCAACAAUCAGACAGAUAAUGGAAUCACAAGUUCAGAAUUUGAUCAGUUUCUUGAGGCAAGGGCAAAGGCAGCUGACAAUCUCCCGGCCGGCCAGAUGAGUCAGUCCCACCAGAAUAAAAUGGAGGAUGCCGAGAACACCAUGUUUGCCUUAUAGAAGAUAUCGCUAUCAGACCAGACGGAUCCAACCAUUCCGAGAAAAAGGGGGUGAAGGGUGGUCAGCUUUGUGGUGGUCAGCUGAAUUUUUUUUUUGAAUUUUUUUUUCACCGUAGUGAAAAAAAAAAUGAAACACUAAAUUUAAAUGUACAUAAGGAGCAUGUGCAUUGAUGUAAAACUUUAAACAAGAAAAUGUGUACAUACAAAAAAAAUGUAGUAAUUUUCUCUUCACGCCAUCAUGCAGUUGUGAAAUUUUGUUACAAUAUCUGUCAUGCAUGAAUGUGUAAAAAAAAAUCAUAUCCAGCAGUGUAUUGUAAGAUACGAACCAAAUUAAGAAAUAUCGUCAUAUUCUACAUUGAUUUCAUUUCUUCUAUAUUCAGCUAAUCCAGAAACAUUUUAACAAUUCGAAGGGUGUUUCAGGCCAAAAGUGUCUGUUCCUGCAACGAUAUCUUUGUUUGGAUUUUGAAAAAAAAUAAAAAUAAAACAAAAGCAUCAAAUGUGUUUAAUAGUAAUGAAAAUAUAUUUGACGCAUGCACUGGUGAUAUACACAUGUGAUGUACAUGUAUGUGUUUUAUUUUAUAGAAUAGCGCAAAUUUUAAGUCGAGUUAUUUCUUUAAUUUGUCAAAAAAUGGAUAAGUGAUUAUGUUUUCUUGACUUGUGUAUAUAUUUCAUCGAAAAGUGUUUUUGGGGUAGCAGUUUCGGUAAAAGUUUACUUUCGGACUCUGUUCUAAUAAAAGAACAAAAAACUGGGUUAAGAAAAUCGCAUUUUCUACCAGAAACGCUUUUCAAAAUUACAAAAACUAUUAUGACUUUAGAUUUAAAAGAUUUCUUUAGGUUUUUGCAGUCAUUCGAAAUGCUAAAACCAUGUCGGAACUUAAUAAAAAAUUGAAAGGUCCUAAAGUACACUUUUACUGGAAGUUUGUUGUGCAUAAAUUUAUGAAACUGGUGGCAUUUACGAAACAAAAGGACCCCUGAAUAGCGCCCCCUAUAGGUGGAUAAAAGUAGUUGAAACAGUGUUCUAGAGAACUGAUAAUCUCGCGCUUAAAAAUAUUGCAAAUUUCAAGUGUACAUUUUUAAAUGAAAAUGUUAGUAAAUUGCAUGAAGCUAUUCUUAGUCAUAUCACGUUUUCAAAACCAGAUAUAAACACGCAACAUUUAUUGUGUCUUUAUAAAUUAUGAAUAUUAUUUUUAUAUGAUUCUUCAAAUUUAUUGAGAUAAAAAAAAAAAACAGGUGUUUUACUGCAACUCCUUAUAGUUCCCUUCUCCGCUUGUAUAUAAAAAAGGAAAUAAACAAACUCGGAAUUAUUCCGAUCAAAAUCUAAAAUCAAAAUAUAUGUAGGUUCUAGAGAUGUUGAAUUGUUUUUCUGUCUAAUGAUGUAUAACUUUAUGAACUAGUGAAUUUUUUUUGUAAUAUUUUUUUUUUAAGAAGAGUUUAUAAGAAGGUAGGCCUAUGGUUUAUCUUGAGUAGAUAACCAAUUUUUUUUAUUCAAGGAGUACCAAAGGCAAGAAAAGUGUGUUUGAAGGAAAUUUUGAAAUUUAGUGAAAAUGAAAAAAUCUACAAUUUUGUUGCACUAAACAGCGUUAAGCUCUGGUUUGGGUGAUGUACACAAGCUGUUAUAUAUGGAGCAGACAUUGAACUAAAGUAAGGCAAACAUUGAACUAAAAGUAAGGCACCUAAUAUUUCCUUCAACGGACAGUCAGUUUUAUUGUUCAUUUGGUCAAUGUGUCGGUCUCUUGGUUGGUCUUUCAGCUUGUCUGUCUGUGGGUUGCCGGUUGUUGGUUUUUUUAGCACUGGGAGUCAGUUAUUCGAUUCUUUUUUUCUUUCCCGAACUUUGGCAUUGCACACAAAAGUGGCCAUGAAUACUUAAUGUACAAACAAGCAGUGCAUGUACACUUGUGCGUCUAGAAAUAUAACUAAAGCAGUGACACUCUGUAUGAUCAAUUUUAUGCAGUAUCUUCUAAACAUUUAUGCUGUUAAAGAACUAUCAUUGUCACAUUAAACUUCUUUGUUUUCACCUAAAUUACUAAUUUGUUGGUGCCCCGAUGUAAUUUACAUCAUCUUCAGCAUACCAGCAUCCAUAGUUUAGUUUAAAACGUUCCCGUAGUGAAUUUUGUUUUUUUAAUUUUUUUGGAAAAUAGGCACCCUCUCAAGUUAAGAUUUUGCCAAGAAAAAAAAUAGGAGAAAUUGCUAUGCUGUAAGUAAAAUGAGAUUUUGAAACACAGAUAUUGUAUUUUCUUGAUUUACUUUUACUCAGACUUUCUUCAUUUACGAUCAUGAGACUGGUUUUAUUAAGACUUACACCGAUUUACUUAAAGGGGCUAAAUACCGAGGUGCGAAUUAAUUCAUGGACGCAUUAUGGUGUACACGCAUUAGCCUAUUACAAUUACUUGUAUCACAGCAAUGCAAAUAAACAAGAUAUAAAAUGCAAGUAAAGCACAAAGA